AUGACCUACACUACGUCGUUCGAGUACUACUUCUAUAGCAUUAUUGACGAUUUGAUUGAACUAGGAAUACGACUCUUUAUAUUGCCAUUGUUUUUGGGAGUGGAUAUGCUGCUCCUGCAUUAUAAGAACAUCAAUGGCAUUAUUGACGAUUUGAUUGAACUAGGAAUACGACUAUUUAUAUUGCCAUUGUUUUUGGGAGUGGAUAUGCUCCUCCUGCAUUAUAAGAACAUCAAUGGGUACUUGGUUGACGAUGCUAUUUCGUAUGGCAUUCAUGUAGUUGCUUGGACGGUAAACGAUAGGGAAACUGCAAAUUUCCUACGCUCAUUGAAAGUUCCAUUUUUAAGUGACGAACCUCAGAAUUUAAAGGAUAACAAGCAAUCAAAAAAGUUAAAGCCUGUUAAUAAAGUUUGAAA